AUGGCCGUGAUGCACCCGUACUGUGUGAUCAAGAAGGAGGAGGAGCUGUGUGCAGAGAAAAUACAGAACUUCGAGGCUAAGAAGUGGAACGAUUCUCUGCCAGGGUGUCCGGGAAUGUGGGAUAACAUAACCUGCUGGAUGCCCACGGUGGUUGGCAAGGUUGCUUAUGUGCGAUGCCCGGCGUGGUUCAGCAUGAUCGAAUCUGAGUAUGAAAUGAUCAGUCGGAACUGCACUGAGGACGGCUGGUCGGAGCCCUUCCCUCAUUAUUCGGAUGCUUGUGGCUUUGACCCUAAUAAGACAGAUGUGAACGAGGACACUUACUUUUUGUCAGUGAAGGCCUUAUACACAGUCGGAUACAGCACGUCCCUCGUGGCUCUGACCACCGCCAUGGUCAUCCUUUGCCGCUUCAGAAAACUCCACUGCACCAGAAACUUCAUCCACAUGAAUCUAUUUGUCUCGUUCAUCCUGAGGGCCAUAUCCGUAUUUAUCAAAGACGAAGUUCUGUAUGCCGAGCAGGACAGCAAUCACUGCCACCUGUCCACCGUGGAAUGUAAAGCUGUGAUGGUGUUUUUUCACUACUGCGUCAUGUCCAACUAUUUCUGGCUCUUCAUCGAAGGCCUUUAUCUCUUCACGCUCCUGGUGGAAACGUUUUUCCCAGAACGAAGAUAUUUCUAUUGGUACACUAUAAUCGGUUGGGGUACUCCACUGAUAUGUGUGACCAUAUGGGCCGUCUUAAGACUCCAUUUUGAUAACGCGGGGUGCUGGGAAAUGAAUGACAGUGUGGCUCUCUGGUGGGUGAUUAAAGGUCCCGUCAUUGGCUCCAUCAUGAUCAAUUUUGUCCUGUUUGUGGGAAUAAUAAUUAUUUUAGUGCAGAAGCUUCAGUCCCCCGACAUCGGAGGCAACGAGUCCAGCAUUUACCUGAGGUUGGCCCGCUCCACACUCCUGCUGAUCCCGCUCUUCGGAAUCCAUUACACUGUCUUUGCCUUUUCACCUGAGAAUGUCAGUAAGAGGGAGCGGCUCGUGUUUGAGUUGGGACUGGGAUCCUUCCAGGGAUUUGUUGUUGCCAUUCUCUAUUGCUUCUUGAAUGGAGAGGUGCAAUCAGAAAUAAAGAGAAAAUGGCGGAGCUGGAAAGUCAAUCGGUAUUUUGCUGUGGAUUUCAAACACCGUCAUCCAUCGCUGGCGAGCAGCGGAGUGAACGGGGGGACACAGUUGUCCAUUCUGAGCAAGAGCAGCUCGCAGAUCCGGAUGUCCAGCAUAAAUGCGGAGAACCUGGCGACAUGA